AUGGAGAACACUGCAAAGAAACCGUGGAUCCUCGCCAUCUCGCUUAGCCAUAAGCCUUUUUUAGAUGAGGUUUUCGAACCGCUGAUGGCCCAAAUUUGGCCAAAAGCCGACUUCUUGAGGGCCGAGGACACAGAGUCAGUAAACCGCUUGUUUUCACGAGAGCCACCCCCGACAGCUGUCCUCAUAACCGAUGAAGGAUUGGCCGAGGAACAAAACAGCCAUGUUCGGCACGCUGUACUUCGAUAUGUCCGCGGAGGUGGGACGGCGGUGGUGAUGGGUAGCUUUUCCAGCUUUGUCCUACCCCUAAACAUCAAGUCAUUCUUCGCGCAAGCCGGUUUAGGGUGGUCUGCGGCCUCAUACACUGGAGAGGAGUUUGUGCUGAAUGACGCAGCGGUGGACAGUGGUUUAGCUGCAAAGAUGGUCCCGGCAUACAGCACAAAGGCUCUAUUCUUGGACAACGUCGCAUUUAAUGACGCCUGGUAUGUAACAGAUGAAGAGUCAAAUGUCUCGUCUCCAACAAACGCUAAAGCUGGGGAAAGCGCUGUCGUAUUCGCUUCAGUUGGAAACGGCAAGCUUGGGUACGUCGGCGAUGUGAAUGCAGAACAUGGCUCGAAUGUUGCUGUCCUAGCGAUGUGCGGACUUCUUUAG